CAGCUACGGGUGUCGGGGACGCGCUCCGUAUGACGCGCGGUCGGGCACGCGCUUCCAGCUCCUUCAGUUCAGCUCAGCAUCUCAGACGACGAGCGGCGGAUCCGCGCGACGGGAGGUGCUGGAAGUGAAGAUGAAGUCCAGCUGGUGCUUACCUUUUGCCCUCCUCCUUGCCACCCUCCCCCCUCCCUCACAAAGCAGUGAGAGCCUGCCGGUGAACACCAAGCGGGGCCUGAGGCAGGUUUCUACUGCCAACAGAAACGUCCUGCAGGACCAUGAGGCUGCGCUGCCACACGCAGGCCACCGGAGGAGGCAGGGGGCACUUUCCCAUAGGCCUCUGCAGCCAGCCACCCGGCCUGAGGAUGACGGGCCAGGCCUGGAGGGCUUGAGCCCCGUCAGGUUGGAGAUGGGACCUGGGGAGCGGGAGAGAGGUCACGGCGGAGUCAGAGGUCUUUCUCACAUGAGGGACAAUCACCCUCCAGGAGGAGAGUUCACGCGUAAGGGCAGAAGACACGGACACCAGCCUGAUCACCGGAGACAUGGCCGCAGGGACAAGACUCGAGGGAAAGGGUUCUUCCCUGACCCUAAAGCAGAAUUAGGGUCUUUAAUGAAGGACUUUGAUGUACUGGACGACAGCCCCGACACACUCUCACCCAAUCGCGACGCGUCUGUGGCCUCCAAGGCCCCCUCCCCGGCUUCCCGCAUCUCGGUUGCCACGGCGACAAGCGAGCAUCCCCCAACUCUGCCCCCGGCCUCCACCAAACCCCAGAGGGCAGGUCGAGGAAAAGCUCAAGGUGAGGUCCUGCCUACUUUGGACAUGGCUCUUUUCGACUGGACAGACUAUGAAGACAUGAAGCCUGUGGACAACUGGCCAUCCAGUAAGAAAAAAGACAAACGACGCAGCAAGAAUAUGAGCAAUGGCAACACGACUGAUCCUGACAUCAUUGAACCAUGUGACCAUCACCUCGACUGCCUCCCCGGGUCCUGCUGCGACCUCAGGCAGCACGAAUGCAAACUCCACAACCGCGGCCUGAACAACAAGUGCUACGAUGAUUGCAUGUGUGAAGAGGGUCUCCGCUGCUAUGCUAAAUUCCACCGCAAGCGAAGAGUGACCCGAAGGCGUGGACGCUGCGUGGAGCCGGAGUCUGCCGACAGUGACCAGGGAGCCUUUAUCACUAUCUGAGAGAGAGAGAGAGAGAGUGAGAGGGAGAGGGGAACUGACCAUGGCCCCAUAGCCCCCUACCUUUCCUCCCAUACACUGCAAGAUGGGCUAAAAGGACAGUGGGUCAAGCAAAAGGCUGGACUGACCCUCACUCACAGCAGUGUACUGUACCUACAUGUCACCCGUUCUGUACAUAAAUUUGUGUCUGAGGAGGACAAAAGCAUUUUCUACUGAUAAUGUUUCACUGCUGUUUCCUGCAGAAGCCCUGAAAAGGUAAUGGACUCAUAUUUGAUCUUAUUUAUUAUUUCCCCUUUAAAAUAAGUUAAAAGUUUAUUAAAACAUCUCAAGAUAUCAAGUUAUUAAUAAUCACCAUCAUGUGAUAACAAGUGUUAUUGUCCUGCAAUAAUGAGAUUUCUGAUUAUGAGAUUUCUUGAGAUCUUUUUUGCAAAAUAACAACUUUACACAAUUUAGAGAAAAGCACAUGACGCAGAAAUAGGCGUGUAGGAUGUCUUUCUCUUAGAAGGCGUGUGGUAAAGUAAUGGUUCUGCAAAAAUUCUAAUUUCCGUAAUUUACCACUUACCCCAGACGUAGUUAACCAGUUGGACAUGUUUGGGUCCAAAUUUUACUCCUUUAGUUGAGAACAGGAACGAGCAUUUCUAACAAACACUAGAACUCAACAGUCACCCAAAUGGAAAGAACAGUUUCUGUGAAAAUAUACCACCAAAUUUUCUUUUAUCUCAAUCAAACCACAGGUCUUAUUAAGGUCACUCAGACCAGGGUUUCGCAACCACUGUCCACUCUAUUAGACACUCCUACCUUGUUGGUGCACCUUGUAGAUGUAAAGUCAGAGACGACAGCUCAUCUGCUGCUGCACAGUUUGUGUUGGUCAUCCUCUAGUCCUUCAUCAGUGGU